CGCAGGAGCGGAACCGCCGAUUCCAGGCUUAGCCCCGGCUGGGCCCGGCGGCGGCGAGCGAGCCUGCGGCAGUUGGGCGGCUGGGCCUCGGUUCUGGGCAGCGUGCGGGCUUGGGCCGGCCCGCCCGUGGGUGCCCGCGUUGCGGGAGGGCCGAAUUCUCACGUGCCGGUCCCGCCGGCGAAAGAGGCGCCGCUCACGGCCGGGGAGCGGCGGAGCGUGCGGUGCACGCGACCACGCGGAGGAAAGGGCGGCGGCGACGCGGAAGGGCCUGAGGGAGGUGCCCGGCUGCAUCCCGAAGGCACACUUCUCCCGGUGAAUUGACCAGUGCCUGUUGCCACUCGCCCCCCUCCAUGAUCCCGGCUCCGUGGAUGCCCCAAGGCCCCCCGCUGCUCCCUGCAAGCUGAGUGGCUUCAGGCCAUGCGUGUGGUCAGUGUCCUGGCCUUCCUGCGGCCUGCCCUGCCUCUGCUCCUUGGCCUGUCCUUGGGUUGCAGCCUGAGUCUCCUGCGCGUCUCCUGGAUCCAAGGCGAUGGGAGUGACUCCUGCGUGGACCCUGCUGCCCUGGGACAUGGCAGGCAGCCUGCAGGAGGGAGGCAGCAGGGAGAGUCUCUGGGUGCUGGUGGCGGACCAGGCCAGGGAGCCAAGGGCGAGGAUUUCAAGCCACGGAUUGUGCCCUAUUACCGUGACCCCAACAAGCCCUAUAAGAAGGUACUCAGGACUCGCUACAUCCAGACAGAGCUGGGCUUCCACGAGCGGCUCUUCGUGGCUGUGCUGACCUCCAAGGCCACCCUGAACACGCUGGCCAUGGCUGUCAACAAGACGGUGGCACAUCACUUCUCGCACCUGCUGUACUUCACCGGGCUGCGCAGUGCCAAGGUGCCGCACGGCAUGGCCCUGGUGUCCCAUGGGGACGAGCGGCCCGUGUGGCUGAUGUAUGAGACCGUGCGCUACAUCCACCAGCACUUUGUGGGAGACUUCGACUGGUUCUUCAUCAUGCAGGAUGACACCUACGCCCAGGCGGAGCAGAUCAAGGCCCUCACGGCACACCUGAGCAUCAACCAGGAGGUCUACCUGGGCCGGGCAGAGGAGUUCAUUGGCGGGGAUGAGCAGGCCCACUAUUGCCACGGGGGCUUUGGCUACCUGCUCUCCCGCAGCCUGCUGCUGAAGCUGCACCCCCACCUGGACAGCUGCCGGAACGAGAUCCUCAGCGUGCGCCCGGACGAGUGGCUGGGGCGAUGCAUCGUGGACUUCCUGGGCAUUAGUUGUGUCUCCAAACACCAGGGACAGCAUUACCGGUCCUAUGAACUAGCUAAGAAUGUGGACCCAGAGAAGGAAGAAGGAGAGGCCUUUUGGGGGGCGAUCGCCAUGCACCCCGUCUCUGAAGCGACCCUCAUGUACCGCCUGCAUAGGAAGUUCAGCAGGAUCCAGCUGGAAAGGACCAACCAGGAGAUUGUGCGGCUGCAGACCCAGAUCCGCAACCUGACAGCACUGACGCCAGAGGGGGAGAGCGGCCUGGCCUGGCCUGUGGGCAUCAGCGCUCCUUUCCGGCCCAAGUCCCGCUUUGAGGUGAUCAGCUGGGACUAUUUCACGGAGCAGCACCUCUUCUCCUGCCCCAGUGGCGCCCCCAAAUGUGACCUGACGGGAGCCAGCAAGGCCGACGUGGCCGACAUCCUCCAGGCCGCCCUGGACCACCUCAACGAACGGUACCAGCCCCAGCUGCGCUUCCAGCAAUGGCAGCUGCUCAAUGGCUAUCGGCGGUUCGACCCCACGCGGGGCAUGGAGUACACGCUGGACUUGCUGCUGGAGGCCGUCACCCAGAAGGGGCACAGCCAUGUGCUGGCCAAGCGGGUGAACCUCCUGCGCCCCCUCAGCAAGGUGGAGAUCCUCCCCAUGCCCUACGUGACGGAGGCCACGCGGGUGCAAGUGGUGCUGCCCAUCACCGUGCAGGAGCUGGACUUCGUGGGCAGCUUCCUGGACACGUUUGCCACGAAUGCUCUGGAUGCACGUGAGAAUGCUCGGCUCAGCCUGCUCUUCGUCUAUGACCCCUACGACGCUCAGCGGGUCGCCCAGGUGGACGUCUUUGCUGGGGUGAAGGCCAUGGUGGCUGAGCUGGAGAAGCGCUACACAGACGUCAAGAUCCCGUGGAUCAGUGUCAAGACAGAGGUGCCCUCCCAGGUCAAGCUCAUGGACAUCGUCUCCAAGAAGCACCCCGUGGACACGCUUUUUCUCCUGGCCAGCGUCUGGACUGAGGUCAGCGUGGAGGUGCUGAACCGAUGCCGCAUGAAUGCCAUCAGCAACUGGCAGGCCUUCUUCCCCGUCCACUUCCAGGAGUUCAACCCCGUGCUGGCCUACCAUGGCGAGCAGGCGGCCACCUCCACCACCGGCGCAGACUUCCUGCGGGACGGACACUUUGACCGGCACGCCUUUGCCGAGGCCUGCUUCUACAACUCGGACUACAUGGCCGCCCGCACCAAGCUGGCGGCCCGUGCCCUGGGCCGGGACGAGGGGCUGGAGGAGAUGGAGGUCUUCGACGUCUUCCUGCGCCAUUCGGAGCUGCACCUCUUCCGGGCAGUGGAGCCGGGGCUGGUGCAGAAGUAUGUGCUGAGGAGCUGCAGCCCCCGGCUGAGCGAGGAGCUCUACCACCGCUGCGUCCUCAGCAACCUGCAGGGACUGGCGUCCCGCUCCCACCUGGCCGUGGCCCUCUUCGAGCAAGAGCAGGCCAACAGCACCUGAGCUGGGCGCGGGAGGUCGCACUGCGAGGCUUGGCGGGGGGUGCGGCGGGAGCGUCCCGGCAGGCGCAGCCCAGGUUCCCCGAGAGAAGCGAUUAAAGUGUUCCUGCAGA